UCUAUAUAAAUAAAACUAGAGUGGCUCCAAGUUCUUGAUUGGCGCUUUUCCUAACAGACCGAUAGACUUGAACCUUUUUCUUCUGGACUCUGAAAUUAAUCAUUUCAAGUUCCAGACAGCAAUGUCAUCCUUUGUGAUUGUCUUUUUGAUCCUGUCUAUGCUACUAAACACAGGGGUUGGUGUCAACUUCACCGAUGUUUUCGAGUCCAGCUGGGCACCAGACCAUAUUGCUGUUGUAGGAGACCAAGUUACUCUCUCCCUUGACAGUGCUUCUGGCUGCGGAUUUGAGUCGAAGUUCAAAUAUUUGUUUGGGAAAGCCAGCGCACAGAUCAAACUAGUUGAAGGAGAUUCAGCUGGAACAGUUAUUGCAUUUUAUAUGUCAUCAGAAGGAGCUAAUCACGAUGAACUGGACUUUGAAUUUCUUGGGAAUGUUUCAGGGGAACCAUACCUAGUACAAACAAAUGUCUACGUGAAUGGCACCGGAGAUCGAGAGCAGAGGCACGGUUUGUGGUUCGACCCAACAGUGGACUUCCACACUUACUCUUUCUUUUGGAAUCAUCAUUCUAUCAUCUUUUCAGUUGAUGAUAUUCCAAUUAGAGUGUUCAAAAACAAGGAGAAGAAAGGCGUUCCAUACCCGAAAAAUCAAGGCAUGGGAAUCUAUGGAUCAUUGUGGAAUGCAGAUGACUGGGCUACACAAGGAGGGAGAGUGAAGACAAACUGGAGCCACUCUCCAUUUGUUACAACAUUUCGAUCAUUCGAGAUCGAUGCUUGUGAUUUGUCUGGUGAGGACACAAUUGCUGCAGGUGCAAAAUGUGGCAAGUUAGCACAAUUUUUGUGGGAUAAACCAGCCAAGAAGAGGCUAGAAAAGAGCAAAAAACGCCAAUUCAAAAUGGUUCAAAAUAAGUACUUGGUGUAUGAUUAUUGUAAGGAUACUGCAAGAUUCACUCAAAUGCCUAGAGAGUGCUUGUACUAGAGAGACCAACACACUAUUCUAGCAAUGUCAAUGUAUCAAUAUGUUUCUAUCUCGCAAUAUUGUAGCUUUUUAAGAUGUUUAUCCAAUUUGCUAAUAAAAAAUUUUCUUGUUUGGCUU